GGGCCGCCCAAACCAAAGGACCUGGGGUCCACGCAGGUGCAGGGUACUUCCCAAGUAAGAAGCGGAAACGGAGCAGAUGGAAUCAAGAUACAAUGGAACAGAAGACAGUGAUUCCAGGAAUGCCUACUGUUAUUCCCCCUGGACUUACUCGGGAACAAGAGAGAGCUUACAUAGGUCCCCUUCCCCUGAGCCCAUCUACAAUAGUGAGGGGAAGCAACUUAACACCAGAGAGUUCCGUACCCGCAAAAAGCUGGAAGAGGAGCGGCACAACCUCAUCACAGAGAUGGUUGCCCUCAACCCUGAUUUCAAGCCACCUGCAGAUUAUAAACCUCCAGCAACACGUGUGAGUGAUAAAGUAAUGAUCCCUCAAGAUGAGUAUCCAGAAAUCAACUUUGUUGGGCUACUAAUUGGGCCCAGAGGGAACACCGUGAAGAAUAUUGAGAAGGAGUGCAACGCCAAGAUCAUGAUCUGGGGGAAAGGGUCUGUGAAAGAAGGGAUGGUUGGGCGCAAAGAUGGCCAGAUGUUGCCAGGGGAAGAUGAACCACUUCAUGCCCUAGUCACUGCCAAUACAAUGGAGAAUGUUAAAAAGGCAGUAGAGCAGAUCAGAAACAUCCUGAAGCAAGGUAUUGAGACCCCAGAGGACCAGAAUGAUCUACGGAAGAUGCAGCUUCGAGAAUUGGCUCGCUUGAAUGGUACCCUUCGGGAAGAUGAUAACAGAAUCUUAAGACCCUGGCAGAGCUCAGAGACCCGCAGCAUUACCAAUACUACAGUGUGUACCAAGUGUGGAGGAGCUGGCCACAUUGCUUCAGAUUGCAAGUUUCAAAGGCCUGGUGACCCCCAGUCAGCUCAGGAUAAAGCACGGAUGGAUAAAGAAUAUUUGUCCUUGAUGGCUGAACUUGGGGAAGCCCCUGUCCCAGCAUCUGUGGGCUCCACCUCUUGGCCUGCGACCACACCCUUGGCUAGUGCACCUCGGCCUGCUGCUCCUGCCAACAACCCACCUCCACCGUCUCUCAUGUCCACCACCCAGAGCCGCCCACCCUGGAUGAAUUCUGGCCCUUCAGAGAGUCGGCCUUAUCAUGGCAUGCAUGGAGGUGGUCCUGGCGGGCCUGGAGGUGGCCCCCACAGCUUCCCACACCGCCUGACAGGGGGGCAUGGUGGACAUCCCAUGCAGCACAACCCAAAUGGACCCCCACCCCCUUGGAUGCAGCCACCACCACCACGGAUGAACCAGGGCCCCCACCCACCUGGGCACCGUGGCCCUCCUCCAAUGGAUCAGUACCUGGGAAGUACGCCUGUGGGCUCUGGGGUCUAUCGCCUGCAUCAAGGAAAAGGUAUGAUGCCGCCUCCGCCUAUGGGCAUGAUGCCGCCACCGCCGCCGCCUCCCAGUGGGCACCCCCCGCCCCCUCCCUCUGGUCCUCUUCCCCCAUGGCAGCAGCAGCCUCCGCAGCAGCCUCCGCCACCCCCUCCGCCCAGCAGCAGUAUGGCUUCCAGUACCCCCUUGCCAUGGCAGCAAAGAUCCCUCCCCGCAGCGGCGAUGGCCGGAUCCAUUAGAGUGAGGAUUUUCCGCGCCCAUUGGUGACCCUUCCAGGCAGACAGCCUCAGCAGCGCCCCUGGUGGACAGGAUGGUUCAGCAAAGCAGCCU